GUUUUUUCAUUGAUUAAAAUGGGGCUAAUUAUAGUCCUCACUCAUGAGGAGGUUGUGAGGCAUCAGUGUGAUGCCUGGCAUUGGUCCUGGUGCAUAGUUAGUGCUUGGUAUGUGAAAUGCUGUUGUUCUGUCUGACUUACUGAAGCCUCUCCAUGCCUUGCUCUUUGAGAGAUGUUGGUUGUGUUGUCUUUGUCCAGUGGUAAAAUCCCGAAGGGAAAAGGGAUCUUAGGAGCCAAGUACAGGGUGAAGUGACGUCCGUGGUCAUGUUCAUCCUACUUGGGAGUAAAGGAGAGAGCCUCACAUCUGGGGGCUUUGGGAAGGCUUCACAAAGCAGGUGGCAGCCAAGCAGAGUGAUGGAGAGCUUGCCAGGAGGACAGGAGGAGCAAGCAUUCCAGGCACAGUUUACAGAUGGGGACACUGAAGCCCGACUGGUGAAGUCCCUUGCCAAGGUCACACAGCUAAUGCCAAGCUCUGGAGUUUGUUUGUUUUUUGCUGCGCCUUGCGGCAUGUGGGAUCUUAAUUCCCUGACCAGGGAUCGAACCUGUGCCCCCUUCAGUGGAAGCGUGGAGUCUUAACCACUGGACCGCCAGGGAAGUCCUCAAGCUCUGGUUUUUGUUAACCUCAGUAUUCCUGGCUCCUAGAACAGUGCCUCACACACAGCUCCAGGGAGCAGAGUGAAGGCGAGGGAGGAUGGUCUCUGUAACCAUGGCCACUUCCGAGUGGAUCCAGUUCUUUAAGGAAGCCGGCAUUCCUCCGGGACCUGCUGUCAAUUACGCAGUGAUGUUUGUGGAUAAUAGGAUCCAGAAGAGCAUGCUGCUGGAUCUCAACAAGGAAAUCAUGAAUGAGCUGGGCGUGACUGUGGUGGGCGACAUCAUUGCCAUCCUCAAGCAUGCCAAGGUGGUGCACCGCCAGGACAUGUGCAAAGCUGCCACUGAGUCGGUACCCUGCAGCCCCAGCCCCCUUCCAGGCGAGAUUCGCCGAGGCGCCUCUAGCGCCGCCUCCCGGAUGAUCACCAAUAGCCUGAACCGAGAUUCCCCACCCGGCACUCCCCCCAGGCGGCCGGACACCAGCACCUCCAAGAUCUCUGUCACCGUGUCCAACAAGAUGGCAGCAAAGAGUGCCAAGGCUGCCGCAGCCCUGGCCCGCCAGGAGGAGGAGAGCUUGACUGGUCCCACCAAGCGGCGCCGGGUCACGGCCGAGAUGGAGGGGAAGUACAUUAUCAACAUGCCCAAAGGCACCACCCCCCGGACCCGUAAGAUCCUGGAGCAGCAGCAGGCAGUGAAAGGUCCCCACAGGACGUCUGUGUUUGACCGCCUUGGCGCCGAGACCAAGGCAGACACGACGACGGGGAAUAAACCCACAGGAGUCUUCAGCCGCCUGGGGGCCACCCCAGAGAUGGACGAGGAUCUGGCUUGGGACAGUGACAACGACAGCAGCAGCUCUGUCCUGCAGUAUGCCGGGGUCCUGAAGAAGCUAGGCCGGGCCCCAGCCAAAGCCAGUCCCCAGCCCGCACUAACUGUCAAAGCCAAGGCCACAAGCUCGGCGGCACCGGCUGCCGCCCCAACGCUGCGGCGCCUGGCUUUUUCCUCACGACCUGGGCUCGAGAGGAAGCCGGAGUCCCUAUCCAAAGUCAGCAUCAUCCAGAGACUGGGCAAGGCUGCCCUCGUGCCGGAGGCCCAGGACAGCCAGGUCACGAGCACCAAGAGUAAGUCCUCGGCUGAGGUCAAGGUCACCAUUAAGAGGACUCUGGUGGGGCCCCGGGGGAGCAGCUCCAGCGAGGGCCUUGGUGCCCAGAUGGACCACGCGGGCACUGUGAGCGUGUUCAAAAGACUGGGCCGCAGGACCUUCUAGCCCAAGGGCGGGGCGCAGGCCCCUCUCCAGACUCCAGGCUCCAUCAGAGUCUUCAGCGAGGGCGCGCUCACGCCUCCCUGCCGGCUGCUGGAUGACACUGCUUGUCUCCCUCAGGCAUUCUGCCAGCCUGAGCUUUCUGGGGAUUCACCCAGUUUUUCUGAGUCUGAGAUGGUCAUUGUGGCCCGGCCUUGCCGCUCUGGGACUUUCCCUUCUCUCCCGUCCUCUGUUCUCUCCUCUCUGACCGUGGCCUUGGCAGGACACACUUUUCUACCUCUCCAAGUGCCAAGUGCCCUUUUCCUGUCCUCCAUUCCCCAUCCUCCCUCUCAGCAACAUCUGCUGCCUCAAACCCUGGCUCCGGGCCUCCCUGUCCCCCAGGGUGGGUGUCGUCUGAAGGGGCUCCCGUGUCCCCCACCCCCCUGGCUUCCUCGCUGCCCUCCCUCCUCUGCCCCCUCCCCCGGAUGCUGUGACUUCUCUCUCUCCGUCUCUUCACUCUGUUCAUUUCUUUUCUGUUUUCUGUCCGUGUGGCAAGGCCCGACUGUCCGCUGCGUCCUGCCUGACCCUCCUGCACCUCCGGCCUCCCAGCGGCCCCCUCGUCGGCGGCGGUGGCGUCGAGCCUGUAGAGACUGUUAGCCGCCGUCACUCCUAGGCUGGAGGGACGUCCCCAGACCCCAGGCUGCAGCUGGGGCACCUGCCUGGGCAUCUUUUUCCCUGAAAGUCGGUGGCGGGUGGCGCGUAAGGGGCACGAAGGAGGGAAGCCAGCACCGAGAGAAGAAAACAGCUAUUUUAAUAUAUUUUUGUGACUUUCA